AUGGUCAGACAAGUAGAUUCAUAUAAAGUUUGAUGAUGAGACUCUGUCCGGACAAGGGGAUGGGACGGUAGAGCGAAGAUAUCGCAAAACCGUCUCCCAUGACAUGCAGUUGUGAGUCAGACAUAUCGAUCGGCGACAGUUAGAGGUCUCGAAUCGGCAGAAUCAGAUCUCCGUCCUGUCCCCCGAGUGCUCUCAUGGGCACGUCUAGAGUCGGCGCAUCGCACAGUACGAGAUAAGCGUCAGAGUACAACGAGCUACGUGCAAUUCCUUCAAGGACGAAGAGAUCGCGAUCUCAUCGGUCCACUCGCUUCUGAGAUUUGCUAUCUUCGAACUCGGCUCGUCCGGUUGGAAACUCGCUCUUUCGACGACGUCCGCGCUGCGUAAACUGCAACCCCAUUCCAUGAGUAGUGACAGGAGUUUUUCGACCUCGUAGCCGCGAUGGAUGUGGGUGUCUCUGUAGCAGAAGGAUGCCUAAAGGAGUCUCCAGAUAUGCUGGACUUGGAAAAUGAUUCUAAUCCAUCCUCUAAACCGCGAGAUUGUAAGCUGCACGCAGAACCAAGAGCCCGGGACAAGCAUCUCAUGACGUCCGAGAAGUUCUCUAACGAAGAGAUGGAAAUGGGGAGUAUCGAGGAAGGUUACGAACUUGGCCACGAUCGUCCGGGCUCUGGCUCAGGACCUGAGAGUGAUGCAGAUCGGGAUUAUCCUGUUCCUUCGGCGCAGGGAGCAGGGGGUUUGAGCCUCAUGGACUUGUGCAAAUCCGACUGCUGCCAUCUCCACGGGGACUACGAUAGGACUUUUGACUACGACGAGGAAGGAGAUGACUUGAGUGAUGAGCCGGCCAUUUUCGACCUCAAAGGCAAGAGAUUCAAGACUUAUUUGGAGGACUUAAAAAACGAAGAGGUGCCAAUGUUCCAUGCUCCCGAAACGAGGCCAUCGCCGCCCUUCCCCGGAAUCGAUGCCCUGGGCAUCAUGGACGAAAGAAUCGCACAAAUGAAAGCCAGAAGCGAUCUUGGUGAGCAUUGUCGAUGCAGUGGUGACGAGGCUGAAGAAGAAACUGGGCCCUUUAAAGAAGACACUGAGUUGGAUAUGGACACAAGUUUGCAAGAGUAUCUGGAGUCCAACAACGACAUCAUGUCCCAUCCCUUGUAUAAAAGAUUGUGUGCAGCUCAUAUAAGUCUUUGCAAGGUGAAUCAUCUGUAUUCCAGAAUAUGUGCAGCUCAUAUUACUCUAUCAAAGCUUGGAGCCACGGAUGCACAGCUGAAGGAGAUGGAAGAACUAAGCUUUGAACUCGAGAGCAAACUGCCAACAGGGGUCCAGGCCACGGAAUCCCAUCCGGAACUGGACAAGUUUAUGAAUGAAUAUUGCGACUUUUUGGAGAUGCACAAGAACGAAUUUGCCAAACCUUUCGACGAAGCCAUGGAGUUCUGCAAAGAGGUCGAUGAAGAAUUGGCCAACACGGGCUUGAGAUUCCUGCGAGAUAAAUGCUCCAUCGAGCAGAAUCUGACAAACGAUACCAUUUCCAGACUUCAAGAACUACCAUUGGAAGGUGAGGUUUGAGAAUCCAAACAGUCUCGAGCUCCGCAGACGUGAGCUCGGAAAUUAGCUUGCAUAAACUCGACUUGCGCAUCUCCUAUCCGCGCGAUUUCCCACACCGAGAAAAUCUGCUGAAACAAAGCCCCACCCAAAAUAAUAUCAAACUCUAUUGAGAUUAAGCUUCUGCUAUACAUAAUCUUCAACGACUCCAGCACUGCACGAGAAGGAGAAUCACCGAAUCUUCCACCUGGCAAAGCACAAUCGCAGACUCAUCACAUACUGUUCUGCCUUCGGGGAAGAUCGUAGAAACGUGUUCUCUCUGGAUUGCCUGAGUCAUAGGGAAAACUGAAUGUGAACUAGAUGCCACUGGGUUCGCCCACUGGGAAGCAGCCACCUGGCACUCCACGUUGCCCGUCUGCCAUCGACUCAGCCCCGUGUUCUCACUGUCGAGUUUCUGCCUCGGCCGAUGUCAAAUUGCGGCAUUGCACUGCCCCGACCUCGGAACUGCCCCCAGUCUCGAACAGAGGAGCAUUGGACUGCGGCCUGUCCACGACACGAGGUCGAAGAUAUUUUCAGCCAAGGGUUCCGCGCACCUUGGUGCCGUGUGGCCUCGCUGCCAAAUCUUGAUUCGUGAUCGCCCCAGUGGAUGUAGGAACAUGUCUUUUUGGCUUGCACAGGCUUCCGAUGUGGAUUCAUCAGCUCCAUGUUCUUCCACCGUGUGAAAGUAAAGUGUCUUUGCUGC